AUGGAAGGCACUCAUACAGUCCUCCAGUUGCAUAGACCCAUUAUGGAACUUUGCUAUAUCAGUUUCUACCUUCCAGAGGGAAAAAUCACAGGAUUCACAUACAAGGGCUGUGUAACUCUUGACAAAUCCACUAAAUGUUUUCAUAAUUGCUAUCGAGUGAAAGAAGGUUCAGAAGCGGUUGGAUCACAAGGGCAAAGCUGCGAAAAUAUUGGAGAAAUCUUCUUUAAACAAACAACUACUAAGAAUAUUCUGACUGAGUUGUAUAAACUAAAUGCUGAAAAAGAAAAAAUCUUGGCAACUCUGCUUAGUUCAAGCCACAUACUAGGAGUUAAAAUGGGAAACCAGGAUGGAAAACUACAAGAAGUUUCAGAAAGCUUGAAAUAUAGAGAGGACAAGCUGGAUUUCAAGGAUCAAUCAGGGUCUCUUUCUGGAUCCACAGAGAAGUCUACUCUGAAAAACAAAAAAACAAGGAAAUCUAGCAAACAGAGAGAGAGCAUUGAAGACUUCCUAAACAAGAAUAUAAAGAGAAAAGUAUCUACAACUUUGGAGCCUCCAGCAUUUCACUGCAAGGAAGCUUUAUCAGGAAAUGACAGGUAUCAAGCUGAUGACUCCUCCAGAUUUUUCACAUGUUCUAAUCAGAGGAAGGUGGACUACAAAGAUGAAUUAUCAGAUGUGAAUAAACCUCCAGAACCAUCAAGGAGAAAGCAGUAUUUACUUGAGGACAGUCAGGUAUUGGAAUCUGAUUCAGAUCUCUCUGUUUCUUUCUCUGAAUAUGACAAUAUUGUUCUUGGACACUGUUUUGCACAUUCCAGCCAUAGUCUGUUGGAUGAGGUAGAGGAUACUUUUAAAGUGGUUCAGCAGAGCAGCCCUUUGCUGAAUUCUUUCCAAGAAAAUUUAGCUCCUGAAGCAUCUGAAGUGGGGUGUGAUUAUAGCCAUAUUGCAGGGACCUGCAAAGUUGCAUCUGAAAUUGGAGGGCUGUCAAAAAGACAAGACAUGAAAGAUUAUCUGCCAAAAGUUGUAAGUCCAUCUGCAAGCUGUGGUCAGGUGCCUUAUGCUACUAGUAAGGAGAGCAUAUCAACUGGUUUGGUUGCUACCAGUGAGAAAGGAUAUGAAGAAUUUAUUCAGCAAUCUAAAGCAGAACAAGAUGUUUCUGUUGAGGAAACAUAUAGCCUAGUGAGAGCAGUCAAUAAAACCUUGCAGAAAGUUAUACAGAUCGACAGAUUAGAUGAAACUGCAGAAUGGAAGAAGUUACAGUGUGCUACAAGCCCAUCCAGUUUCUUUCAUGAAAAAGGAGAAAAAAGAACUGCAAUACCCCAGAAGAGUAAUAAUCGCUUGACGUUACGCUUGCAGACACAACCUGAUAUUUGUCAGCCGAGAACCAACAGUAAGCAGGAGGAGAAAAAACCACCCUCUCCAUCUUUAGUAGCCAUUAGCAAUGUUUUUAAUCAUUCGUAUCCUCCAUCCAAUACACAUGAACAAAUGUCUCCUCUGCCUUCUCCUUUAUCCUCAAGUUUGCCAAGCCUAAAGCUACAGCACCGAAUACUUCCACUGACUGCCCUUGAUCUUGAAAAAGAAUCCAUUGGCCAUUGUACUUCAAGACAUUCUUCCUCAAAUUUGCCACCGUGUAAUGACUUGGAAGCACAGAUGCUUCUGAAGUUUUCUGAAUUUGGAUAUCCCAGCCUUUCUACAAGACAACAAGGACUAUGUCAAGAUACCAGUAAGGACCACUCUGAAAGAAGCAGCCUUCAGGAAAACUUCAGUGUUCAAUCCCAGCAUCAACUACUUUCAGGUUGGUUCAAUUUUACUAUAGCUAUAAUGCCGAGAUGA